UAAGCUGUCCUCCUUCCUCUCUUCCUGCCAAAACCAAUCUUUUAUUUUCCUUUCUUCUACCAUUCUUCAAACCCCGCCGCUCCCCUUUCGCUUAUUCGCUACCACCUUUUUGCUGUCCGGGCGGGCUUCAGUCUUGUGCAGCUAACAGCUGCUGCCUGACAGAAAUUCAUCAGCUCACGAGAACGCGCCCUGUGGUGAAUUCUUCUUGCCUGUCUCACACACACACAGCUGUGUGGAGGGCAAAACAACACAAAACGCGGUCAGGAGCUGCAAAAACCCCCCGCCCUGCGCGUCUCGCUCGACUUCCUCCUCCAGCCCUCAGCCGGUUCUUCCCGCACACGCUCAGUUGGGUUCCGGCCGCUGCCUCACAGCGCCCCCUGGUGCCCACGCUCUGGAGCAGGCGCUGCCGCCGAGCGCUUAGCAAGGCAGGGCGGGCGGUUAGUUGUUUUUCCGGCCUCCAUUUUAGACUCGCUGUAGGGCCGGGAAGGCUGCUCGGGAGACCGGCUGGCGGCUUGCUCUUGGGGCGGCCGCGAGUAACGUCGAGGCCCGGCUCGGGCCCUUGUUGCGCGGGCCUAGUGUGUGACGCCGCUGGCCGCAGGCUGGGCUGGGGGAGGAAGCCGCAAUAGCAGCAGCUCCCAGCGGACGGAGAUGGGCACCCGGGGCCUCGCCGCUGCUCUCGCACCCCGAAGACGCUUCUCCUCCUUCUCCUGCUGCCGCCGCCGCUGCUGCUGCUGCUGAGCCCGUUCUCCUUCUCCCCGCCGCCGUCUAAGCCGCGGCCAGCCCCGACGAGGAUGGAGGCUCCCGUGGCGGGGCCGCCCGUCACCCUCAUCAUCAAAGCGCCCAACCAGAAAUACACCGACCAGACCAUCAGCUGCUUCCUCGACUGGACCGUGGGCAGGCUGAAGUGGCACCUCUCCAAGGUGUACCCCAGCAAGCCGUCUACAAAGGAUCAGAGGCUGGUGUAUUCUGGCAGAUUGCUUCCCGAUCACCUGCAGCUGAAAGAUAUUCUCAGAAAACAAGAUGAAUAUCAUAUGGUUCACCUAGUAUGUUCUUCACGGACACCCCCGAGUUCUCCAAAGCCUGAUGCUGGUAGAGAAAAUGAUGGAUCAUCAACAUCUAGCAACAUUUCGAGUUCAGAAAAUUCAAGAUCAACAACUCCUUCACCUUCUCAAGAAACUUUACAUACAACUAGCAACUCUAGCUCUGAUGGUUUAAGACAUCGCAACCUUCCACAAGCACAAAGCAAUCCAAUGCAAAGCCAUCCAUUCCCAUAUAUAAUGCAAGGCAAUGUAGGCAACCAGUUUCCUGGGCAAGGUGUACCAGCUGGAUUUCCUGUAUAUCCUGCUUUCAGCCCACUACAAAUGAUAUGGUGGCAACAGAUGUAUGCACGCCAGUACUAUAUGCAAUAUCAAGCUGCAGUUUCAGCCCAGGCAACACCCAGCACUGAAUCUGCCAGUCCUCCAGCCCCACAGCCUUCAAAUUCCGAUCGUGCUCCUGCAAAUGAGCCCCCAGCAGCACCAAAUGUAGCCCCACAAGAGAACAGGCCUGUAAAUCAAAAUGUCCAGAUGAAUGCACAGGGAGGCCCUGUAAUGAAUGAGGAGGACUUCAAUCGCGACUGGCUAGACUGGAUGUACACAUUCUCCAGAGCAGCUAUUCUACUUAGCAUUGUAUAUUUCUAUUCCUCCUUCAGUCGGUUUGUGAUGGUGAUGGGAGCCAUGUUCCUAGUUUACCUACACCAAGCUGGGUGGUUCCCAUUCAGGCAAGAAGAGAUCCAGCAGCCUGCAGUGAACCAUAAUGCAGAUAUGAACCAUGAUGGGCAAAAUGUAAACAAUGCCGGACUCGAGGAGAUGGAGCGCCUUAUGGAUGAUGGAAUUGAUGAAGAUAGCGGCGAAGAUGUCGUUGAUGUCAAUACAGAACAGCAUCCUGGGUUUAUGGCUUCUGCCUGGUCCUUCAUCACCACCUUCUUCACAUCCCUCAUCCCUGAAGGGCCUCCACAAGUAGGCAACUAAGCAAAGGAGGAACUGUCAGCAGUAGAGCAGCUGUGCUUAAAAGUGAAAGUUGACUCUAGGGGGGUAUUUUAAAUACAGUGCAAUUUCAAAAGAUUUAUAAUGUAAACUUUCUGAUCAUGGUGUACAAAAAUGUGUAUUUUUUUCUCUUUUAGCUUUCUCAUGCAUAUGAAUACUUUAAGCAAAUGUGGACUAUUAAAUGCUUUUUAAAAUACUGUUUAUCAAAAGAAGAGGAAUAUGUAAAAAAAAAUUGGUCUUCCAUGUUUUUGUUUGAAUUGUGUUAACACUGAGGCAGGAAAGUUGCAGUUGUGUGAAUCCCUUUAAAGAGCUGUUAAAUGUCAGCAGAAGUACUUCAGAGACAAGAUGCUAGUAAAAUAGAAUUUGUUUAGGAAUCUUUUAGUAGUAUUGCUUAAAAUAAAUCUCAGUUUUGAGUUGCAGACCUGCCUGUGGCAUGUUUUGUUUUUCCUCAUGCCAUAAAGAACAAAGCAGCUCUUCAAAGGGAACAGAGUGAUGGAGUACACUACAAACUGUUUAAUACAUGCUGUACUUUUUAAAAACAAAAAUACAUGUAUUGGGAAGCACA